UUUCUUCAACAUGGCGUCUUUGCUUUUUUUUUAGUUGAAUAUAAAACAUUACUUGCUCGAUCUAUUGUUAAUCUACUACAUACCACUUCGAUGUAAGUUAUUUUAUAUAAGACAGACCACCGCGCGAGGUUGUUGAUACCGGAACCGAAGCCAGUCUUCAUGGAGAAAAGCACACUAGAUGGUGCUCACGCUCAGUGGGUGUUGUCCGAGCUCAACCAGCAGAGGAGGCUUGGAAAGUUCUGCGACAUGAUGCUCAACGCACCGAGCGGUCAGGUCUUCCCUGUCCAUAGCAACAUCCUAGCUUGCUUCAGCGACAUGUUUCAGGACACGGCUUCUUCCACACCGCGUACAGAGAUCAACCUUCCACAAGAGUGUCCUGUUGAUGGACUUGAGCUGCUGCUGCAUUUCUUCUACACUGGUGAUCUCCAGCUAAACAGCAAUAACGAGGCGAAGGUUCGACAAGCUGCGAACGGCCUGUCAGUGCCAGAUUCGCUCCUUCCUGUCCAGAGUUUGGUCGGAAUUAACGGUUCAUUCUGUAGCGAAGAAAAGCCACUUUACCCUCCACAGACUGUGGACACCAAACCGGACUUGACUGCUAUGCCACAAUCAGGAACUCAACAGGAGGUGAAAAUCAACAACGAAAAGACCUCAAUGAGGUCAGAAGCAGUAAUUGUGGAGCUUGAUGAGUCUCCCAGCACCAGCCCAGGCACCGUCACUCGAUCUGGCAGGAGGGUGAGGGGCCCUAGCAGGCUGGUCAGAGACGACGCUGUUCCUGUAGUCUCAAAAGCAAAAAGAAGAACUGCAGCUCCUGAGGCUAAAGAAGAAGGCGUCAUCUCAAAUGAUGGAGAACAGAGCAAUACACACGUGCCAAGUGAGACUCAGGACGGACCUGGAGCUCACGAGAACUCCGCCGCCGACGAAGACGACGAGGACGGCGUGGAGGUUUUCAUAGAAGACACAGAUGAAGAAUACACGCCUCACGGUUCGCCCGUCGCGUCUCCUAAAGCUCCAAGAGGGAAACGUAAACGGAAAGGAAGCACGAGCGGCAAAGAAAACGGAGUCGGCUCUUCGAAAGAAACGAAGAAGGGCUCUGUUCAGUGUCCGACGUGUCACAAAACAUUCCUCAGCAAAUAUUACCUGAAAGUACACAACAGGAGGCACACGGGGGAGAAGCCGUUCAAGUGUGACAAAUGCGGGAAAUGCUAUUACAGGAAAGAGAAUUUGCAGGAGCACGAGGCGAGGAAUUGUCUCAGCAGGACAGAUAUGAUGUUUUUCUGUUCAAGGUGUCCCAUGAGCUUUAAGAAGAGACAGGAACUGCGGACGCACACGGUCACACACACGGGCGAGAUGCCAAAUAAGUGCUCGUCGUGCUCCGAGCAGUUCAUGCAGAAGAAAGAGCUCAGAAACCACAUGAUUAAGGUCCAUGGAGCUCCGAAACCGUACGCAUGCCCACUAUGCCCCAAAUGCUUCCUGUCCCGUACUGAGCUGCGACUCCACGAAGCUGCCAAGCACCGCGGGGAGAAGCUGUUUGUGUGCGAGGAGUGCGGCCACCGAGCGUCCAGCCGCAACGGCCUACAGAUGCACAUCAAAGCCAUUCACAGGAAGGAGCGUCCGUUCGUGUGUGAGAUCUGCAAUCAUGCCUUUACCCAGAAGGUCAAUCUGAACAUGCACCUCCGCACCCACACAGGAGAGAAACCGUAUCAGUGCCACCUGUGCGGCAAGACCUUCCGCACUCAGGCGAGCCUGGACAAGCAUAACCGCACACACACAGGUGAGCGGCCAUACAGCUGCGAGUUCUGCGAGCAAAGGUUCACCGAGAAGGGGCCACUGCAGCGCCACAUAGCCAGCAGACACCAGGAAGGUCAACCACACUCCUGUCACAUCUGCAACAAGUCCUUCAAAGCUGUGGAGCAGCUCCGCGUACACGUGCGGAGACACAAAGGCAUGAGAAAGUUCGAGUGCUCUGAGUGUGGCUACAGGUUCACCAGACAGGCUCACUUGCGCCGCCACUUGCAGAUCCACAACCGUGUGGAGAACUACACCCCACGCCAGAGGAAACUGCGCAACCUUAUAGUGGAAGAUGAGAACACAGAGAGUACGUCUCCUCCUCCAACAGCGGGACAAGAUACGGCAGACGGGGAGACCCAGCCAGCCGCGACAGAAAGCGCGGAGCAGCAGGACUCUGGCACUGUGAAGGAAACCGAGCAGGAAAGCUUCGGCAUGGACGAAGUGAUGGAGGUGCUGGUGACGGACACGUUUCCCAUUCAGUCUGAUCUGGUGGUAGAACUGCAGGGCGACGGGGCUGAUGGGAAGGCUUGAGAUAGGAGAAGAAAGCAGAAGCAAGCUGCAAAGACAAGGUCUGAGAUCUUGAUACACAUACUUGCAUACGUCUAAGUAUUAUUCAACCUUUUUAGGAUACAUGCAGUAAGAUUUUAAUGGUGUAGCCAUCAUCCAGCUCUCCAAGAUGAACUUUUAUCAUAAUAAUUUAAAGAACUAUACUAAAAGGGACUAAGGAUUCAGUGCAUUCGUAGCAGUGAAGGUCUUUUACUUUUGCUCGGUGCAAAAAAAAAUCAUGUCAAGUAACCUUCGAUCUGUGAAUUUACACGAUUCGGACAUUAGGAGACGAUAGACAACGAGAAGCGGGGGCUGUCUUAUCAAUGAGUAAAAAAAACAGAAACAGAAGUUUAUUAUGAAAUAGGAAUCAUAAAAAUAAAUCAAUCCGAAUUGUGUAUAUAUAUAUUUUUUACACCUUUACAUAAAAACAGACAGUUUUGCAGGAAAUACAUUUCUAGUGUCAGUAUCGACGCUGAAGACGUAACGUUUUUCCAUUUUUUACGAUACGGGAGGACUGAAAUCUUCGCUGAGACAUCAUGGGUUUAUUUUAUUCUCAUUUCUGUAUAUACACUGUAUGUAUGUACAUAUUUUCACUUCUGUACAUAUUGUAUGACACAGCGAUGCGAUUACAUUCAUUACUGAACAUCUAACGGUACAAAUAAACAAACCUCACAGUUC